GCAUAUCAUAAUAGAACCUUUCAACUGACAACAUGUAUUGUGUACAUGUAUUUAGGUUACUUGCUGUCUUCUUCUUUUGUCUUAAAGGCUCAGACUUGGUAAACGGAGCAGAUUGUGCUGGGAAGGAAAUCGACACCGAGGCGUCGUUCUGUUGCGGAUCAACAAUUCACAAAAAAAUUAAUGGUGAUGGGCUUUUAUGGGAUUGCUGUGAGGGUGCAAAUAAGCCAUACUCUCAUAUUGAAGAGUGCUGUGGUUCCGAAAUAAGGAAAAGAUCCCGGUUUCUGGGUUGUUGUAAGAAUAGGUUUUAUAAUACAAGUACCCACAACUGUUGUGAAGAAUCGGGAAAGGUGUUACACAGAGAAGGAUCACGUUCCUGCUGCGGAAGGAGCACCUUUAAACCAUCUACUCACCUCUGCUGCGGGAACGAACAUAGGCUUCAUGAUCGCGAGGCGAACACAGCUUGUUGUGGAAACAUAGUAUACAACCAAACCACACAUGUCUGUGUAGGAAACGACCGCGUGGUUAAGAAAGGGUUCGGGGUUUGUGGAAUAAUGAUAAACAGUAACAACAUGAUAUGUUGUAAUAAUGUUUCCCACGUCAAAAAAUACCGACAAAGUGACUGUUGCGGAACUCGAUUGAUUGAUGCUAGCAAAACAGGCUGCUGCAACGAUGAAGUUAGUUAUCGUCUCGACAAGAAGAAAUGCUGUGGAGCUAAAGUCAUACGGAAGGCUCAACAAUGCUGUGGAGGACGUGCAAUCAAAGCGUCAUGUAAAUGCUGUCCAAAGGGGCGCAAAAAGUGUUGUGGAACGAAAACGAAACGAAAGCAGAAAACACUAAAUUGUUCAACAGGACAACGAUGGUCUACUAUUUCAGAUUUGGUGGAUUCGAAUGGAUGCUUACACCAAGCCUUCUUUAUUAAGAAACAAAAGCAGCAGAGAUACCAACAAAAGAAACAGCUGCGCGGACGAAAAGAAAAAGCUUUUUGGAAACUGGACAAAUCUUGUGAUUUUAUCAAGAAGAAGAAGAAAUUCGUCAUAGUUGAAACAGUAACAGGUGGUCAGUUCCCGGUUCAAUCCAACAAGAGGAAUACGAGAAGGCUCAGGUAUAUAAAAAAGAAAUGCACCGGGUCUUAAACAUA